GUGCACCCAGUAUGUGAUUAUGUAAUCAUUAUCAAAGCCACGUUAACUUAACUAUCAUAGCAUGUUAAUCGUUAUCUACGGCAUGUGCUCUGGUGCUGUUCGCGCUUGUAUCUACGAUCGACCUGUCCAGUUACACCAUAGCGUUGAAUGAGCAGCCACUAAUUAUUUAAAAGAAAUCUAUUACUCAUUUACACACAAACGACUCUUUAAAUAUCGUAUUGAUCCUUCAGUUAACAGGUCAGGUAACCUCUCUUUCUAGCCCAGAAGUUCAAUUACUAUUUCCGAUCAAUCCUCAAUCAUGGCUCCUGGUUUCAAUACCAAAUCUCCCACGUUGAAGCGCAUCAUGAAAGAAGCCGCCGAACUCUCGCAACAUCCAUCUCCAGACUAUACAGCUUCUCCAGCUUCAGAUACCGAUUUGUUCGAUUGGCACUUCACAUUGCGCGGCCCUCCAUCCUCAUCUUUCGCCGAGGGUAUCUAUCACGGACGCAUCGUUUUGCCUCCCCAAUAUCCUCUUCGACCUCCUUCCUUUAGAUUUCUGACACCGAGUGGAAGAUUUGAGGUGAAUCGUGAGAUCUGUCUAAGUAUAAGUGGGCAUCAUGAGGAAACAUGGCAGCCUGCGUGGGGAAUACGAACCGCCUUAGUAGCUCUCAGAUCCUUCAUGGAAACUAGUCCUUCAGGGCAAUUGGGAGGGGUUGAUGCGAGCGAUAGCGUUAGAAAGAGAAUAGCAGGGGAGAGUAGGGGGUGGAAGUGCGGUGUUUGUGGUGGAAGGAGCUGCGAGGAGAUUUUAGGAGAAGCAGAACAGCUUGCGAAGGAACUCGAGGGUGAAGGGACAAGUUCUAACAGAGAAGAGGAGACAGUACCACCUGACAUGCAAAUAGGGCUCAAGAAGGAGACUAGAGCGGAAACGGGAUCAAACCAGGAGAAAGACGAAGGAAAUAGUAAAUCCACGGAGGAUGUAAAGCCAGCACAGGCUGAGAGUGAGUAUCCACCUGCGAGGCCGGCGCAGACGGUGCCUCAACCCACAGCUACGAUACCACUUCCUCAACUUCCUCAACCUCAAAGACAAAUGGCACAAGCUCGUGUUCAGUCAGAUGAAGGCGUACCCGUAUGGGUCGAUAGGGCUAUUGCCGGGAUAGUUUUAUGCUUAGUAGUCAUGGUUUUGAAGAUGCUAUUGGGGAAAUAAACAGGGCUUUAGGGUGUUUUAGUUCAGGCUUUCUUCGAACAAUCGUAUUAGUGGGUCGGGAGGCAUGAUGACAAGGCGUUAUUGGGCUGAGCGGGUAUGGAUCUUGGCGUUUACUAAAAUUUGAUACCAUUAUACAGAGAAUGCAGGAUACUUUUCACGUAGCCUAGUUGGCACCUCAUUGUAUCAAAACAAGAAUUCUCGCGUGUAGUGAGUAAGUUACGGACAGCACAACAUGACAGUAGCUCCAUAUAUCGCAGAUGUCAGGUUCCUGGUUCUCGAUGCACGAUAUUCUCUUGGGAUCAGAAUUUUAAUUGCUGGGCUCUUUGUGUUAAGUAUGUCAGACUCGAAUCUCACAAAUUUCUUGAGCUGCUUGAAGUGUAUUUGACCAAUCUUUCGAGAUAAAAUCUUCAAUGGUUUGUUGGCUGUUUAGAAAAAAAAGUGGCUGAUCAAUAUGCACGACUGACGGUAGGCAGUUGGACAAUCAAAUGGGCCAUUUGACGUGCAACUGUACAUUGCUAUCUUCUCUAGAGAACUGAUUUUACUGGAAUUCCGAACAAUUUCACUCAAGCUUCGUUAUCGCACUCCACAAACGGCCACCAUUGAU